AUGGGCUUUAUUUACUUUCCUUUUAAACCUACAUUUGGCAUAUGGUUGAAGUUUAUAACCAAGUUCACUUCCAAGUUAAGAAAUCACAUUCCAACCACCAAAACUUCCUUCAAGUUUUCCAAACCAACUUUCCCAAUUCUAUAAAUCUUCACAUGAUUCACAACCAUAGAAUUUGUAUACCCUUCGAUACUUGAUUGAUCAACAUGGAGAAUCUUGUUGGAAGCAAGAGAUUAGCUGUUUUAGUAGGUUGCAACUAUGCAAACACUCCAAAUGAGUUGCAUGGUUGCAUAAAUGAUGUGUUAGCCAUGAGACAAAUGCUUAUUAAUCGAUUUGGGUUCGACCCACGCAACAUCCAACUCCUCACCGAUGCACCUGGCUCGCUCAUCAUGCCCACCGGUGCAAAGAUAAAGGAGGCACUUGACCGUAUGGUUGAGGAGGUUGAACCGGGUGACGUUCUUUACUUCCACUAUAGUGGUCAUGGCACACUGAUUCCUUCGAUCAAGCGAGUGCGUCCUUUUCAUCAAGAUGAAGCCAUCGUCCCGUGUGAUUUCAAUCUCAUCACAGAUGUGGAUUUCCGAAAUCUAGUGAAUCGAGUGCCGAAAGGAGCGAGUCUCACGAUUCUUUCGGAUUCUUGCCACAGUGGCGGACUAAUCAACAAAGAAAAAGAACAAAUCGGGCCUUCUUCACUCCGUGCGGAUCACGUUCCAACCCUCGACAAAAUUACCAAAUCCAAAACCAUCCCUUUUGAAUCAAUUCUACACCAUCUUUCAUCAAGGACACACAUAAACACACCCGAUCUGGGCACCCAUUUGCUGGAGCUCUUUGGAGCAGCCGCGAGUCUCAGCUUCUCUUUGGCCUCACACGAACUCCAUUUGAUUCCAUCGGUUCACGAAGAUAGCGGGAUUUUACUAAGUGGGUGUCAAGCAAAUGAAAGUUGUGCAGAUAUGAAUCCUCAUGGCAAUGGAGAAAAAGCUUAUGGUGCAUUUAGUAAUGCAGUUGAGAAUGUGUUGAAUCAGAACUCUAAUUGCGAUCUGAGUAACAAAGAGGUUGUGUUAAUGGCGAGAAAUGUGUUACAGAAGCAAGGAUUUGGGCAACAUCCAUGUCUUUAUAGCAGCGAUGAUCAUGCAAAAUCGACGUUCUUGAACCAGCUUUCAAAAUGAUCCGA